AUGUUUGGUCUGUCACCCCAUUUUGAGUGUGAAGUGAGUGAAACUACAGAGAUAGAUAAGUACUUAAAGAUUGCUCAAAAAUACGAGAUUAGAGUAUUUCAUAGAUUUUCAACAUCACAUGAUGAUUUGAUUCAUGAUGUAUCGUAUGACUUUUAUGGAAAGAGAUUAGCAACGUGCUCGAGUGAUCAAAAGAUCAAGGUAUGGGAUAUGAACGAUAGUGGAAAAUGGGAGUUGUCUGCAGAAUGGAAAGCUCACUCUGGCUCUGUUUGGAAGGUAGCUUGGACACACCCUGAAUUUGGUCAAGUAUUGGCUUCUUGUUCAUUUGAUAGAACUGUUUGUAUAUGGGAAGAAGGUGAAGAUGAAAAAGGACAAAAGAAAUGGAAUCUUAAAGCAACAUUGGUAGAUAGUAGAGACUCUGUAACAGAUAUAAAGUUUUCACCUAAAUCGUUUGGAUUGAGAUUGGCAACGAGUUCAUGUGAUGGACUGGUACUUUCAAGUGGCCAUCAUCAUCAUCAUGGUCACCAUCAUACUGGCUCUACCUCUUCUUCUUCCAUGUCUUCCGAUCCAUCUGAAUCACCAAAGACGAUUCACGACGUUUCGUGGGCUCCCAAUAUGGGACGUUCCUAUCAUCUCAUUGCCGCUGCAUCCAAAGAUCACAAUGUUAGAAUUUGGAAAGUAUCAAACAAUGAGAAAUCAAAAAUGGAAAUUAAAGAAGUUUUAUGUAAUCCACUUCAUAAAGCAGAGGUAUGGAGAGUUGAAUGGAAUAUUACAGGAACUAUAUUAGCAAGUUCAGGUGAUGAUGGUAAUGUUUUUUUGUGGAAAUGUAAUAAUAAUGGAGAAUGGAAAUUAUUAUCAUCGAUUAGUGGUGAAGAGGAAACUGACCCUUUGAUGAAAUAA